AUGAUUUGGGGAAGAAAGGGAAAAUUCACAUUUGCUGAAAUUGUUAAAGCAACCGAUGACUUCGACGACAAAUACUGCAUUGGAAAAGGAGGUUUCGGAAGUCUUUAUAGAGCAGAAUUACCUACAGGUAUAGUUGUCGCUGUCAAAAGACUCAAUAUCUCAAACUCUAGUGACAUUCUAGCUGAGAAUCUUCGUAGUGUCGAGAAUGAGAUAAAAGCUCUUACCGAAGCAAAACACCGCAAUAUCAUAAAGCUUUAUGGGUUUUGUCACACUGAAGAACACGCACACUUGGUUUACGAGUAUGCGGAAAGAGGCAGCCUAGGAAAAGUGUUGUACGGCGAGGAAAUGAAGACGGUAUUAAGCUGGCCUCAGAGAGUGAAGAUUGUGCAAGGGAUAACGCAAGCUAUAGCGUACCUACAUAACGAUUGCAUCCCACAAGUUGUACAUCGAGAUGUGACGUUGAAUAACAUAUUGCUGGACUCAGAAUAUGAACCCCGCCUCGCAGAUUUUGGCAUAGCGAAGCUUCUUACGCCAAAUUCAACAACAUGGUCCUCAAUUGCUGGCUCCUAUGGCUACAUGGCUCCAGAGCUAGCACAAACAACGCAGGUGACAGAGAAGUGUGACGUUUAUAGUUUUGGAGUGGUGGUAUUAGAGAUAUUACUGGGAAAGCACCCCGGCGAUUUCUUGGCCACAUUGCCAUCAAUGGAGAAUCCACAAGUGUUGGUGAAGGAUGUAAUAGACCAAAGAUUCCCACCUCCUCCAGCUCGAUUGGGCGAAGCGAUAGCCUUUAUAAUGACCAUAGCCUUGGCAUGCACGCGAACGCACCCUGAGUCUAGACCCACCAUGCAUUUUGUGGCCCAACAAUUCUCGGCUAUUGAGCAGACUUCUCUUGUGGAACCCUUGAGCACAAUAUCCCUAAAUAAGCUAACAAGGUUUCAUAUGUAG